AUGGGUCUCCCUGAACGCAGGUCGGCCACUGUGGCCGCUCCACCUCGCAGCGGUGGCGCGCCAGCCAUAAACCCCAACCUCAUUCUUGCUUUGAGGUUUCUCUUGACCUCCCUCGUGUGCGGUCUUGCUCUGGCGACGGCCAUCAUGGCCAUCCUGGUCGUACAGUACUACAACAUGAACGACCCCAUCAUCAGACCGUCGUGGGGAUCGCUCAUCUUCCUGAUUGUCCUCGGCUUCUUCACUUGCAUCAUCUACUUUGGAUACAACAUCCUGCUCCCCAUCGCACCCUUCAUCAACUACGGCGACUUCCUCUACUCUUUGUUCCAGGUCAAGCUCGAGCUUUUGCUUCAGUUCACUUUCUGCGUUCUGUGGGUGUCGGGCGCGAUCGCAUACGCUGCCGACCUCCGCGGUUACGAAAACUGCCAGUUCGACGGUUAUCUGCAUUACCCCAAGCCAGCCGACUUCGAGCACGUUUGCGACCUCACGAACUGGACCGUUCCCUUGGCCUACGCCACUUUCGGCGUGCAGACCUUGCUCUUCGUCGUCGAAGCUCUGUUCGGCCUCUACACCUUCCUCUACCUCGACCAAGAGAGUCUCAACGAGCCGCACUUCGCUUGGGGUCGUCGUGCUUACGACUACAGAACUGGGGCGGCAUCCAGCGGAGCAGCCAGUCGUGGCAAUGCUUACAGAGCUAGAGCAGUGCCCGCCGAUGCCGAGACUGAUGGCCGUCAAUCAUCUUCGGAGGGACACCGAUCCGGUCGCCGUGGCGCCGCGUACAACGACCCAGAGAGGGGAUCGGAGGAGAUGGCGGAAGACAGAUCGGAAGCCAGGCCAGCUUCUUUGGGUGCUCGCGGUCGUCGCGGC